CCGCCCCACUUGUCGCUCCCCCCGCUUCCCUCUCUCUCUCUCUCUCUCUCUCCCGGCGUCCGGGGCUGGCGUUGGGGGCGGACUCUGGUCCCCGCUUCCGGUGUGGUGUCAUGGUGGCUCGUAGGCUGUGAUGGCUGAGGAGGAGGAGGGGAGCUGAGAGCGCGGCGGCGGCGGCGGCCGGAUCGAGCCGAGGGGGAAGAAGGGGCGGGGGCGUCGAGACCCUCCUCCUCCUCCUCCCCCGCCUGGCAGGGCGGCGGGACAUGGCGGCCCACAAGCCGGUGGAGUGGGUGCAGGCCGUGGUCAGCCGCUUCGACGAGCAGCUUCCAAUCAAAGCUAGUCAACAGAAUACCCACACUAAAGUCAGCACGGAACAUAACAAGGAAUGUCUCAUCAAUAUUUCAAAGUACAAGUUUUCCUUGGUUAUCAGUGGCCUCACCAAUAUAUUAAAAAAUGUUAACAAUAUGAGAAUAUUUGGAGAAGCUGCUGAAAAGAACUUGUAUCUUUCUCAGCUGAUUAUAUUGGAUACACUGGAAAAAUGUCUUGCUGGGCAACCAAAGGACACUAUGAGGCUCGAUGAGACGAUGCUGGUCAAGCAGUUGUUGCCGGAGAUCUGUCACUUUAUCCACACCUACCGUGAAGGGAAUCAACACGCAGCAGAGCUUCGCAAUUCUGCCUCUGGAGUUCUCUUUUCUCUCAGCUGCAACAAUUUCAACGCUGUCUUCAGCCGCAUCUCCACCAGAUUGCAGGAACUGACUGUGUGCUCUGAAGACAAUGCUGAUGUUCAUGACAUUGAACUCUUACAGUACAUCAGUGUCGACUGUGCUAAACUAAAGCGUAUACUGCAAGAAACGGCCUUUAAAUUUAAAGCCCUCAAGAAAGUAGCACAACUGGCGGUUAUCAACAGUCUUGAAAAGGCAUUUUGGAACUGGGUGGAAAACUAUCCGGACGAGUUUACUAAGCUGUACCAGACACCGCAGACAGAUCUGGCGGAUUGCGCAGAGAAGCUGUUUGAUUUGGUGGAUGGAUUUGCCGAAAGCACAAAACGCAAGGCGGCUGUUUGGCCCUUGCAAAUAAUCCUCCUCGUCCUGUGUCCAGAAAUCAUCCAAAACAUUAACAAGGAUGGGGUGGAGGAGAACAAAAUAAACAAGAAGCUAUUUUUGGACAACCUCAGGAAGGCACUUUCAGGCCACAGUGGAAGCAGACAGUUGACAGAAAGUGCUGCCAUUGCUUGCGUUAAGUUGUGCAAAGCAUCGACCUACAUCAGCUGGGAAGACAACUCUGUCAUUUUCCUUCUAGUUCAAUCCAUGGUGGUAGAUCUGAAGAACCUGCUCUUCAAUCCUAGCAAGCCGUUCUCAAGAGGCAACCAGAAUGCAGACAUAGACCUCAUGAUUGACUGCUUAGUGUCUUGCUUCCGCAUCAACCCACACAAUAACCAGCACUUCAAGACUUGCCUGGCACAGAAUUCCCCAUCAACAUUUCAUUAUGUGCUGGUAAAUUCACUCCACCGUAUAAUCACAAAUUCUGCACUUGACUGGUGGCCUAAGAUUGACGCCGUAUACUGUCAUUCAGUGGAACUCCGCAGCAUGUUUAGUGAAACCCUCCAUAAAGCUCUACAAGGUUCUGGCGUGCACACCCCGAUUCGCAUGACACCGAGUCUUACAUUUAAAGAGAAAAUGACAAGCCUUAAGUUUAAAGAAAAGCCUACAGAUGUUGAAACCAGAAGUUACAAGGUCUUGUUGUUAUCUAUGGUAAAGCUGAUCCAUGCUGACCCUAAACUUUUGCUCUGUAAUCCAAGGAAACAAGGUCCUGAGACUCAGGGCAGCACUGCUGAACUCAUAACAGGCCUUGUCCAGCUGGUGCCACAAUCCAGCAUGCCUGAAAUAGCACAAGAAGCCAUGGAGGCCUUGCUUGUGCUCCAUCAGUUAGACAGCAUUGACUUGUGGAAUCCAGACGCACCCAUCGAAACAUUCUGGGAGAUCAGUUCACAAAUGCUGUUUUGUAUAUGCAAGCGGCUAACAAGCAAUCAGAUUCUCAGCAGCACAGAAAUCCUCAAGUGGCUGCGAGAGAUUUUGAUCUGCAGGAACAAAUUUCUUCUGAAAAACAAACAAUCAGAUAGGAGUUCCUGUCCCUUUCUCUUCCUUUAUGGGGUAGGAUGCGAUGUCUCUGGGGGUGGAGCUAAUCAAAUUUCUCUUGACCAUGAAGAGAUGAUGCGUUGUAUCCCAGGAGCUACGCUUAGGAAAGGAAAAGGGAGCUUUUGCAUGGAAAGUGCUGCAGGCUGCAGCGGGACGCCGAUAUGCCGUCAAGCGCAGACCAAAUUGGAGGUGGCCCUGUAUAUGUCCCUCUGGAGCCCUGACACCGAGGCAGUGCUUGUCGCAAUGUCCUGUUUCCGACAUCUUUGCGAGGAAGCGGAUAUCCGAUGUGGCGUAGACGAGGUGUCGGUUCACAACUUUUUGCCCAAUUACAACACCUUUAUGGAGUUUGCUUCCGUGAGCAACAUGAUGUCAACAGGAAGAGCAGCUCUCCAGAAAAGAGUGAUGGCAUUGCUAAGGCGAAUUGAACAUCCGACGGCAGGUAACACCGAGGCUUGGGAAGCCACACAUUUAAAAUGGGAGACAGCUACAAAUUUGAUCCUCAACUUUCCAAAGGCUAAAAUGGAAGAUGGCCAGGUCGCGGAAAGCCUCCACAAGACCAUCGUCAAGAGGCGAAUGUCCCAUGUCAGCGGGGGAGGCUCCAUAGACCUUUCGGACACAGAUUCUCUGCAGGAAUGGAUCAACAUGACUGGCUUCCUGUGCGCGUUGGGCGGGGUGUGUCUGCAGCAUCGCAGCAGCGCCGGGUUUGCGACCUACAGCCCCCCCAUGGCCCCCGUGAACGAGCGCAAAGGCUCCAUGAUAUCCAUGCUGUCGACCGAGGGCAACACGGAGACCCCCGUGAGCAAGUUCAUGGACCGCUUGCUGUCGCUCAUGGUCUGCACCCAUGAGAAAGUGGGCCUGCAGAUACGGACCAACAUUAAAGAUCUCAUGGGCCUGGAACUGAGCCCGGCACUUUACCCCAUGCUUUUCAACAAACUGAAGAACAACAUCAGCAAGUUCUUUGACUCUCAAGGGCAGGUCUUGUUGAAUGACAGCAACACCCAGUUUGUGGAGCAGACCAUUGCAAUUAUGAAGAACCUGCUUGAUAAUCAUACAGAAGGGAGUUCAGAACACCUGGGACAAGCCAGCAUUGAGACCAUGAUGCUGAACCUUGUCAGAUAUGUGCGCGUCCUUGGGAAUCUAGUCCUCGCCAUUCAGAUAAAAACUAAACUCUGUCAGCUCGUGAAGGUAAUGAUGGAGAGGCGUGAUGAUCUUUCCUUCUGUCAAGAGAUGAAAUUCAGGAACAAGAUGGUGGAAUAUCUGACAGAUUGGGUUAUGGGAACAUCCAACCAGGCAACAGAUGAGGAUGUGAAGUGUCUGACAAGAGAUUUGGACCAAGCAAGCAUGGAAGCUGUGGUGUCUCUUCUCGCGGGACUUCCAUUACAGCCUGAAGAAGGAGAUGGAGUUGAAUUGAUGGAAGCUAAAUCCCAGUUGUUCCUUAAGUACUUUACCCUGUUUAUGAACCUCCUCAAUGACUGCAGCGAAGUCGAAGACGAAAGCGCGCAAACAGGCGGCAGAAAACGAGGGAUGUCCCGAAGACUGGCUUCGUUACGACACUGCACAGUCCUGGCCAUGUCAAACUUGCUCAACGCAAACGUGGAUAGCGGCCUUAUGCACUCAAUAGGGUUGGGCUAUCACAAAGAUCUUCAGACAAGAGCGACGUUCAUGGAGGUCCUCACCAAAAUCCUGCAGCAGGGCACAGAGUUUGAUACCCUGGCAGAAACUGUCUUGGCAGACCGGUUCGAGAGAUUGGUGGAGUUGGUUACCAUGAUGGGUGACCAAGGAGAGCUGCCCAUUGCUAUGGCUUUGGCGAACGUAGUGCCUUGUUCACAGUGGGAUGAACUGGCUCGUGUCCUGGUCACCCUCUUUGACUCCAGACACUUGCUCUACCAGCUGCUUUGGAACAUGUUUUCUAAAGAGGUUGAGCUGGCAGACUCGAUGCAGACGCUCUUCAGGGGAAACAGUCUGGCUAGCAAAAUAAUGACGUUCUGUUUUAAGGUUUAUGGGGCAACCUACCUCCAGAAGCUUUUGGAGCCUUUAUUAAGGGCAGUAAUUACAUCAAAUGAAUGGCAGCACGUCAGCUUUGAGGUGGACCCUACAAGGUUGGAAUCUGCUGAAAUCCUUGAUGAUAACCAGCGGAGCCUUCUCCAGAUGACAGAGAAAUUCUUCCAUGCCAUUAUCAACUCCUCUGCAGAGUUUCCACCUCAGCUUCGAAGCGUGUGCCAUUGUCUCUAUCAGGCAACUUGCCACUCUCUCCUGAAUAAAGCUACCGUAAAGGAAAAAAAGGAAAACAAAAAAUCAGUUGUCAGCCAGCGGUUCCCUCAGAACAGCAUCGGAGCCGUUGGGAGUGCCAUGUUCCUGAGGUUCAUCAACCCUGCAAUCGUCUCGCCAUAUGAGGCUGGGAUAUUGGAUAAGAAGCCGCCGCCAAGGAUCGAAAGGGGCUUGAAGUUAAUGUCAAAGGUACUGCAGAGCAUUGCCAACCACGUCUUGUUUACAAAGGAGGAGCACAUGCGGCCUUUUAAUGACUUCGUGAAGAGCAACUUUGAUGCAGCACGAAGGUUUUUCCUUGACAUUGCAUCAGAUUGUCCAGCCAGCGACACGGUCAAUCACAGCCUCUCUUUCAUCAGUGACGGCAACGUCCUUGCUUUGCACCGGCUCCUCUGGAACAAUCAGGAGAAGAUUGGCCAGUACCUUUCCAGCAACAGGGACCACAAAGCUGUUGGAAGACGGCCGUUUGACAAGAUGGCGACUCUGCUGGCAUACCUUGGUCCUCCUGAGCACAAGCCAGUGGCAGACACGCAGUGGUCCAGUAUCAAUCUUACCAGUUCCAAGUUCGAAGAAUUUAUGACUAGGCACCAGGUGCACGAAAAGGAGGAGUUCAAGGCCCUGAAAACACUAAAUAUUUUCUACCAAGCUGGGACAUCCAAGGCUGGCAACCCUGUUUUCUACUACAUUGCUCGCCGGUUCAAGACAGGCCAGAUAAACGGUGAUCUGCUGAUAUACCACGUCUUGCUAACUUUGAAGCCAUACUACGCUAAGCCAUAUGAGAUUGUGGUGGACCUCACUCACGCUGGCCCCAGCAAUCGGUUCAAAACGGACUUCCUCUCCAAGUGGUUUGUCGUUUUCCCGGGACUCGCUUACGAAAACGUCACCGCUGUUUUCAUCUAUAACUGCAACUCGUGGGUGAGGGAGUACACGAAAUACCACGAGAGGCUUCUGACAGGCCUCAAAGGCAGCAAGAGACUCAUUUUCAUUGACUCGCCUGGGAAGCUGGCAGAACACAUAGAGCAUGAACAGCAGAAGCUCCCGGCGGCCACUUUGGCCUUGGAAGAAGACCUGAAGGUUUUCCACAAUGCGCUCAAGCUGGCCCACAAAGACACCAAAGUUUCUAUUAAAGUUGGUUCUACAGCUGUCCAAGUAACUUCAGCUGAGCGCACAAGGGUCCUGGGACAGACGGUGUUUUUGAAUGACAUUUACUAUGCCUCUGAAAUAGAAGAAAUCUGCCUUGUGGAUGAAAACCAGUUCACCUUAACCAUCGCCAACCAAGGCACGCCUCUUACUUUCAUGCACCAGGAGUGUGAUGCCAUCGUCCAGUCCAUCAUUCACAUACGGACGCGGUGGGAGCUAUCGCAGCCCGACUCCAUACCGCAGCAUACAAAAAUCCGCCCAAAGGAUGUGCCUGGGACACUGCUGAAUAUCGCGUUGCUCAAUCUAGGGAGCUCAGACCCAAGCUUACGGUCUGCGGCCUAUAAUCUUCUCUGUGCCUUAACCUGUACCUUUAAUUUAAAGAUUGAAGGCCAGUUACUGGAAACUUCAGGUCUGUGUAUCCCUGCCAACAACACCCUUUUUAUUGUCUCUAUUAGUAAGACUCUGGCAGCUAAUGAGCCCCACCUCACCUUAGAGUUUUUGGAGGAAUGCAUUUCCGGAUUUAGCAAAUCCAGUAUUGAACUGAAACACCUCUGUCUGGAAUACAUGACCCCCUGGUUGUUGAAUCUGGUCCGCUUCUGCAAACACAAUGACGAUGCCAAACGCCAGCGAGUCACUGCUAUUCUCGAUAAGCUGAUCACAAUGACCAUAAAUGAGAAGCAGAUGUACCCUUCCAUUCAAGCCAAGAUAUGGGGGAGCUUGGGCCAGAUUACUGACCUGCUUGAUGUAGUGCUGGACAGUUUCAUCAAAACCAGUGCCACAGGGGGGUUGGGAUCCAUCAAAGCGGAGGUUAUGGCAGACACAGCUGUAGCUCUGGCAUCUGGAAAUGUGAAACUGGUUUCCAGUAAAGUAAUUGGAAGGAUGUGCAAAAUAAUCGACAAGACCUGUCUGUCUCCAACUCCUACAUUAGAGCAGCACCUGAUGUGGGAUGAUAUUGCCAUUCUAGCCCGUUACAUGCUGAUGCUGUCCUUUAACAAUUCACUCGAUGUGGCUGCACACCUCCCCUACCUCUUCCAUGUAGUUACUCUGUUGGUGGCCACCGGUCCUCUUUCCCUUAGAGCUUCCACCCAUGGCCUGGUCAUCAACAUCAUUCAUUCUCUGUGCACUUGUUCACAACUCCACUUUAGUGAGGAGACCAAACAAGUGUUGAGACUGAGCUUAACAGAGUUCUCACUCCCCAAGUUCUACUUGCUGUUUGGAAUAAGCAAGGUGAAGUCGGCAGCUGUCAUUGCAUUCCGAUCCAGUUACCGGGACCGGUCGUUCUCUCCCGGCUCCUAUGAGAGGGAGACGUUUGCACUGACUUCUCUGGAAACAGUGACAGAAGCUCUGCUGGAGAUUAUGGAGGCAUGUAUGAGAGAUAUUCCGACCUGCAAGUGGCUUGACCAGUGGACGGAACUAGCUCAGAAGUUUGCAUUCCAAUAUAAUCCGUCCCUCCAGCCAAGAGCCCUGGUUGUCUUUGGCUGCAUUAGCAAACGGGUGUCACACGGACAGAUAAAGCAGAUCAUCCGGAUUCUUAGCAAGGGUCUCGAGAGCUGCUUGAAAGGCCCCGAUAACUACAAUAGCCAGGUUCUAAUAGAAGCCACGGUCAUAGCACUGACCAAGCUGCAGCCACUUCUCAAUAAGGACUCGCCUAUGCACAAGGCCCUCUUCUGGGUGGCCAUGGCUGUUCUGCAGCUGGACGAAGUCAGUUUGUAUUCAGCAGGCACAGCUCUCCUCGAGCAGAAUCUCCAUACCCUGGACAACCUUCGAGUAUUCAAUGACAAAAGCCCUGAAGAAGUCUUCAUGGAGAUCAGGAGGCCUCUGGAAUGGCACUGCAAGCAGAUGGACCACUUUGUAGGACUCAAUUUCAACUCCAAUUUCAACUUUGCGUUGGUGGGGCAUCUGCUAAAAGGCUAUCGGCAUCCCUCUCCAACCAUCGUGGCAAGGACAGUCAGAAUUCUACACACGCUCCUCGCUCUGGUGAACAAACAUAGGAACUGUGACAAGUUUGAGGUGAAUACCCAGAGUGUGGCUUACCUUGCAGCUUUACUCACUGUGUCUGAGGAGGUUCGAAGUCGAUGCAGCCUAAAGCAUAGGAAGUCUCUCCUCCUGACAGACGUUUCGAUGGAAAAUGUUCCAAUGGAGACAUAUCACAUACAUCACAGCGAUGGCAGCUUCAGGACACUAAGGGAAAACCAGCCAUGGUCUUCUCCCAAGGGCUCAGACAGACAUCUCGCUGCCAGUUACCCAACGGUGGGGCAGAUCAGCCCACGCACAAGGAAGUCCAUGAGUUUGGAUAUGGGGCAGCCUUCUCAAGCCAACACUAAAAAGCUACUAGGUACAAGAAAGAGCUUUGACCAUUUGAUGCCUGACACAAAAGCGCCUAAAAGACAAGAAAUGGAAUCUGGGAUCACCACACCUCCCAAAAUGAGAAGAGUAGCAGAAAAUUAUGAAAUGGAAACUCAAAGGAUAUCGCCGCAGCAGCACCCUCAUCUCCGGAAAGUAUCAGUGUCAGAGUCCAAUGUCCUCCUGGAUGAAGAAGUCCUCACAGAUCCCAAAAUCCAAGCCCUGUUGCUGACCAUCCUGGCAACACUAGUAAAAUAUACGGCAGAUGAGUUUGACCAGAGAAUCCUGUAUGAGUAUUUAGCAGAAGCCAGUGUGGUGUUCCCAAAGGUCUUUCCUGUUGUGCACAAUUUAUUGGACUUCAAGAUAAAUACCCUGUUGUCGCAGUGUCAGGAUCCCAAUUUAUUGAAUCCGAUUCAUGGCAUUGUGCAGAGUGUGGUUUACCAUGAAGAAUCUCCGCCACAGUACCAAACUUCUUAUCUACAAAGUUUUGGAUUUAAUGGCUUGUGGAGGUUUGCGGGACCAUUUUCUAAGCAAACACAAAUCCCAGACUAUGCUGAGCUCAUAGUCAAGUUCCUUGAUGCCUUGAUCGACACCUACUUACCUGGGAUUGAUGAGGAAACCAGCGAGGAAUCCCUGCUGACACCAACCUCUCCUUACCCUCCUGCCGUGCAGAGUCAGCUUAGUAUUACGGCAAACCUAAACCUCUCCAAUUCCAUGACCUCACUUGCAACUUCCCAGCAUUCCCCAGGAAUCGAUAAGGAGAACGUGGAGCUCUCCCCGACCACGGCACACUCUAGCAGCGGGAGGACACGCCACGGCUCUGCCAGCCAGGUGCAGAAGCAGCGCAGCACUGGCAGCUUCAAACGCCACAGCAUCAAAAAGAUUGUCUGAAGCCUUCUCCUUUCCCCUUUGUUUUUCCUUCCUUCCAUCCUUGGUUUUCUAACGUGGUGUGAGUACUUCCUGCCCCACCUCCACAAGUGGUCGUGCCGCACUUAAUUUCUAACCCUCCUGCCCACUCGCCCCGUCAGCCGUGGUGCCAGACGAUCAACCUUUGAAACAUUUUGUCUGAAUUUAUUUUGGAUUUUCAUUUCGGUUUUUUGCCCCCUUUUUUAAAAAAGCAGCAGCAACAACAACAACAACAACAACAACAACCCUUCUGUUCUUUUUCUUGUUUUUUAAUCUGGUAAUAACUGAACUGUGAUGAACAGAACCACUUUUAAGAAUCUGAAGAAAGCAGGGAAAUUACCGUAGGUUGUGUCGAAAGGCAGAAAUCAUGUCUCUCACAUUUCAGGCACGUUUUUGUUACCUUAUUUGGGGGGAGCUUGUUUGUUUGUUUAUGGCUUGUUUUGCAUCUAAAGUGGGGGGAGUGUUGAUAUUCAGUCUUCUUUGCACAUUAGAGGUUUUGAUGGCCAGUUGAACCAGUCAGUAUCCUGGUUUCCAUCCCGAAUCCCUUUAGCUGUGGACAUCCUUUUCCUGAGCUUAAAUGGCCUUUGAGCACAAGUGCAGUGGAAUGAGUUUAACCAAGGGGUGAGAGUUUUUGCCCCGCCAAGGUGUAUCUUUAUUUAAUGUUCUAGGCAUUUCAGAGUGCAGGGUGUCUCUCUUGAUACUCCAGAAAAUAGCCUCCUGGGGGCACAUGAACCAGAGUGGAAGAAGCUGGGAGAGGGAGAGAGAGAGGAGGGGCACUUCUUUAUUGUAGAGUUGGAAGGGACCACAAGCAUCAUCCAUUCCAACCCCUUGCAACACAGGAAUAUUUUGCCCAACGUGGGGCUCGAACCCACGACCCUGAGAUUAAGAGUCUUGUGCUCUACCAACUGAGCUAUCCUAGCUAUUUCAAUGUUCCGUCCCACUACACAGCACAGCUAGGGUGAAUGUCGUGAUUGUGUGGGCCUUUCCCGCUCAUUCACCCUCCCCAGCUGGGGUCCUGUGUGGACUUGAUUCAUUCCAAAGCAGCUCCUCUAUGGAAGCUCCACUGCAGCCAUUUGUGCUUGUAUCACCUUGAGCUGUCACUCCCACAAAGAUUGUUACAUCCACUUCUCAUGUGAUAACUCUCCCCCACUUUCCUUGCAGUGGGCCCUUUGCACCACAUUGACAUAACUCAUUGAUGUUCCCAGUUAAGGAAAGGUGCAGCUAACGAUUCCCAAGCUCCCUAGACUAUUAUUUGGCUCAUACUCCUUUUGCCAAAAUAUCCACAUUGCUCCUACUCAAAGUUUUACCUACUUUUAAAGGAGCAACUGCUGCUCUCAAACCCAGAGUGGCCCAAAUAUCCUUUUCUGAUAGUGUAGAUGUUUUGGGUUGUAUCCAGCUUUAGCAGACCUAAUGGGCAAGGCAAGGCUAACAGAUUUUAAUUCCGUUGGGUCUACUCUUGAGUUGAAUGUAGUUGGAUGCAAGGCAUACACUCAAACUUUGCCCUGUGGGCUUGUUUUUAAAAAAGCUUUAACUGGCCAGUAAUCCUUGCCAACGGAAGCAUGUUUCAACCUUAGGAACCACAGAUUGAAACAGCUUUCAGCCACCAUGAAAAGCCUUGUCAAAAUGUUAUAGCGGCAAUAGAUGUCUCUUCUGAAGAACCUGUGUGGAAUAAGGGCUAGGAUCAAAUCCCCACUUGUCCAUGAAACUCGCUGGGUGACCCUUGACCCCCCCUCCUCCCCCUCUCAUAGCCUAACCGUACUUCAUAGGCAGUAUUGUGCGGCUAUAUUAAUAGGGGGGAAACAUUUGUGCUGAUUGGGCUGGAGAAUGGAUAUGCCAAAGUCAGGCACUGAAUGUUGUUGCCAAGUUGGGGGUUUGAAUCCGGGUCUCUCUGAUUCUUGUCUGACACUCAGCCACUAGACUGCUAGACCAGAGUCGCCGGCAGCAACAUGGACGAUGGACGUGCUGCUUUUGACUGGCUGUCCAAAAAAGCACCAAUUCUCAACUUCUAAAAAAAGCAUGUCAAUCAGAAAUGAAAUGAAAUGUAUGUAUUGCUGUCAUAAUCGGUUAUUCAGUGGCUUAAAAGGGAAUAAUAUACAUACAAUUAAAACUGCAUAGUGAAAUUUUAAUGCUGACUUGGGGUAAAUCAAAUUCUGCAGCAUUAGAAAGAGGGUGCAAGUGAAUGGUCCAUUAGCAAGCUAUUAACAUUCAUUUAAAAUGUCAUGGGUUUUAUGUGUAUAAAACAACUGCUUUUGGUGUAUUGAUUCAGAGAAGAACGAUUUUAUUUUGUUCCACUGCUGGAACACAAUCUUAAGGUGCCAACAACAGUCUGCCAAACCAAGAGAAGGUUUUUGUUUUGUUUUUUUGAGGUAGAGAAAGGAAAUGUUCUUGAUCAUGUUGGAAUUUCAGCUGAAAUAGAUUUGAAUCAAUUGGGAAGGUUUAAAGUAGGAUUGAAGAAACUGUCGCAGGUUAGAAUCCUUAAGGUUUCUCCCCAAUUCUGUGGUCAGAGGAAAGAGUGCCUAUUGUUACCAGGUCACACCUGCACUGGAAGCUUCCCUGUUCUCGUUGCAGUGUGCUGGAGUGUCAAAUCAUAAGUCUGGGAGAAAGAUAGCACAUAGUCCUGCGCUGUGCUAACAUCUCUCACUGGACCUUGUGUAGACGCUGCACCCCCAAGCCAAGGUCAGGAGAUGUGCAGCUUCUGGUGCCAGAGGACUGGACAAGGUGGGUGAACCCUUUGGCUUCCCAAAGGGAGCCCUGUGCAGAAGCCCCUCUAAUCCUUCCCCCCUCUGACGUAUUCCUUUGUCUCCAUCGCAUACCUUGAGGGCUCACCCGAAGCUUGAGCCAGCCGGAUCUCUCAUGACAGAUGUGACAGAAACAGGGAGUGGCGUAGUGUAAGCUCUGAUCCUCUGCCCAGAGUAUCACAGCCCACCAGUCAAUUCACAGUUGAUGGUCAGAGUUCCAAGCACAACCACCAGGUUUCCUUAUGAUAACGCCCAUGUUCCAGGCGUGUAGCAGCUGGGGUUUGCACAGGCAGUCACUAUGAACAGCCGAGAGAACUCUUGAGGGCGGGGGGAUACAGGGGAGAAGGAAGAGGAGGAGGAGGAGGAGGAGAAGAAGAAGCAUUAACAGCAGUUCAGCAGGUCUUGAUGUAGCCUCUAGGCUGCGGCAUCAAAUCAUGGGUUUGGCAAAACAGGCCAGCGAACCCAAAGUGGAGUUGGCAAGGGAAGUAAUUUCCUUCUAUCUUUCUCUCUUCUCCCACCAGCCUGCCAAAUAUCAGGAUCUCCAGACAAUCUGACUUCUAAAAUUAGGCUGUGUUAUGUAAGCACUCAGUUUUAGAACUUCCUUCAGCUAUAUAACUUUCAAGAGGUACAAAUCAAGAGAGUUGGAGUGAGGUCACUCUAGACUUCCCACCCCACCCCACCAUUUUUAGGCCCAGUUUUGACACUGCUUUUUGUUGCUCCCUGGAGGAGGGAGGCUAGUGGGAUAUUUCCAGAUGGGUGUUUGGCAGCCUUCUCAUGUUCUUUGCAAAGUUAGCCUUUAAAAAGUGGCCCCGGGGGGGGGGGGAGAUUGUUCAAAUUCUAAAGAAACUGGUGCAUUAUGCACUCAAGGAAUUGAACUAGAGCCCACAUAGUCGGGUGCAUAAAGUGUCGUCCUCACAGGACAUAUAUUUACAUUAUAUGUGCCAGUUGAUGCAUCCAUUGGAGUCAGCUGUAGUCCAUGAAAGCUGAUGCCACAUUGUGUGUUAAAAGCCUGUAAGAAGCUAGAUGCACAAUUCAAGGUUAUUUGGAUGUAGUAAUCGGCAUGGGCCAGUUGGGCAAAGACCACAGGGACCUAGUGCUGUACACAGUGAUAGUAAGCAAAUCUGUUGCGUUCUUUGGCCAUCCAAACUAUGCAUAUUUCAAAAUAAAUCAGACUCUGCACCCUUGAGAGAAACCACUACAGGGCAGCAGAAACUCAUCUGGGCAGACUUCCUAGAAUCAAAGAGAUAGAAAAGCUUACUUUACAAGAUGUGCUUUAGUAGAGCUGAUUUCAGGACUGAGGUUUCUUAACGGGAUAAGGGAGCAGCAAUUCAGAGACGCUUCUUUCCGAUGCAGAGUGUGGCACUGAUGGCUCUGUCUCCGAACAAAACCUAUUUAGUGGCUGAUUUGCCCAGUGCCUUAAGUGUUUCUCUCAUCCACUUGGUGAAAGAUGUCCUCUCCUUAACCACUGCGGUUGAUUUGCCCUUAAUUGUUGCUGUCUUCACCCUUUCUUUUUCGGUUAUCAGCUACACAACCCAGCGAACGAUUCAGUGCUGUUGCUUUAAAAGGACACAUUCUCACGGUUAGGUCCUGGGCCAUCGGGGGCCAUCUCAUGUUCUCCAGCCCAAGGCGUUUGUGUAUCUGAAAGCAGCACAAUACACUUCCCUGCUCUGAAGGAGGCUGUGCAUCUUGCUGAGCUGCUUGUGGGUUGGUGGCAUCCAUGUGCCUUUAAAACAAAGUAGAUCCAUGAAUAAAUUCUUGCGUUAGCAUGUUUAGGCAAUAGAGGGACCUCUGG